CCCGCCCAUUUCCUCUUUCAUUUUCAUUUCUUAUUACCCCCUAUACUAUAUCCCCACCAUCUCUGUCCCCGCCGUGCACCAUGGACCAGGAGCAUGCGUCUCACCAACAGUCCGAUGGUCUCGGUGACCCGACGGCCACUUCAUCUUCUCCCCAAGACCCACCCGCUAAGCGCCGUCGCCCGUCCACUACGGAACCGACAAAUCGCGUACAGCUCGCCUGCUUCUACUGCCGCACCAAGAGGAUCCGAUGUAGCGGUACAAAGCCCACAUGUGAGGCGUGUCUGAAAGUCGGCGGCGGCUGUGAGUGGCCAGAAGGGAGAGCAAAGAAGAGGACGAAGAAGGAGAUGGAAGAGGCAAAGAGGAGAGAGGGCGAAAAAGAUAUCGGGACGAAGGAUUGGCAAGGCUUCUCAGAGCAGUCGCUGUCGUCGAUGGUAGCAGGGCCUCCCGACUACUACUGGACCAGCCUCAACGCUUCGAAUCAAUAUUUGUGGCCACAAGACCUGACAGCGCCAGGUGUGCAGACGGCUUCACCAAACAUGUCCCAUUUGAGAGGCCAAGCUCUUCCAAUACCACGCAUGGCCGCACCAUCCUCUGGAUCCCGACCUCUUCAUCCUCCCUUGCCCCCGAUACAACCAAAUUUAUGUGUAUCGCCCCCGUCAUCCGAGCUGACGACAAUGCCAGCGAGUACUGGUGACAUCUCACUAAGCGGGCCCCUGGGUGGGAGCGCGUUUGACGGGAUACUCGAUGAAGGGUCUCCAAAUAAGGAUGCAAGACUCGCCAAUGCGCUAGAAGCGCAGACUGCAUAUAUAGAUGGCAAUCCAGAAGGAGACGGGAACCUGGAACUAUUUUAUUACCGUUUUUCCGGAUCCACGGCCAUUCAUCCAGGUAUCAAUCGCAUCAGUCUCAAACUGCAGCGUCGGUCAUUUUUUGGUGCUCCUUCCCCUCUCGCUGCUGUCCCCCAGCCCAUCGUCGACUCGCCCACGGAUGUAUCUCCUCUUGCUCCCCCAACCGAUCUGUUUGACUCUACCGGCAUGCCACACGAACACGUAUGGCGGCCCUACUUUGCUCUCUACUUCAAGUACAUGAGCCAACAUUUUCCCAACUGCAGCUAUCAGCGCAUGAUAGAGCGAUUCGAGACGGGGACUAUGAGUCAGUUUCUGGCAUGCUGUAUAUGCAGCUUGGCGGCGAGGUUUGACCCCUCAGCUCAAGAUCCGACAUCAGCGGCUGCGCCAUUCAUUGCGAAAGCGCAAGAGCUCGUCACGCCGCUACUACAUCUGCCGACGCACGACGUCUUUACAGGUCUGCUCUAUCUCGCGUGGUCCAACUAUGGGCAAAAUUCAGAAAGCGGGCUGUGGCAGUAUUCGGGUAUGGCCAUGCGUAUGGCUAUAGAUCUCGGGGCGCACGAGGUUUCUGAGCUGUACGAGUCGGUGGCUCACCGGGCGAGGAUCAAAUUGCUCUUCUGGUCGACAUUCGUGACCGACCGCAUUGUGGCAUUCGCCACUGGUAGGCCUGCGAGUAUACCAGAAGACAUAAUCGAGAUCCCCUUGCCGGUGGAUGAAGAUUUCUUCCCCGACCCCUCUCGAAACUUUCCCGACUCGGCGCACGAACCUGUCGAGCCCGUACCGUAUGUACAGCUGAUACAGCUGAUGGUCAUUGUUGGCCGUAUCUCUAAUGUCCUCAACGGCCGUCGGGGCCGUGCCCUCACUCUCGUCUCCUCUGCCGAGCCCCUACCAGAACUCAUCCAAGACCUCCAAGUCCGUCUAAUCACGUUCUACGCCAACCUCCCCACUUCGCUGAAAUGGAGCGCCGACAACUUUAAACACCAACACGCCCGGGGUCAUUCUGGGACCUUUCUAGCUCUCCAUCUGUGGGCCAAUGCGGUACUGGCUCUGAUCUAUCAUCCAGAGCUGUUGAAGAGCCCGAGUGGGGUGGAGACGCCACUAAACAAGAGUCUGUCGAGGAAUGCGCAGCUGAGUCUGGCUAGCUCGAGGCAGAUCGUGGAGUGCAUGGUGUUUGCCGAUCUGGUGGAUUCGGCAAGCUAUGUGAGUUGCUACUUGAUACCAAGAGGGUCGUCUGACAAGUGGCAGAUCUCCUCGCCCUAUCUCACUCAGCCUCUGUUUGUAGCCGGGAUGGCUUUCAUCCAUGAGAUGCGUGCGCUCAACGCUACCGCCGAGCCCGGCAAGCCUAUGGAUCCUUCCCGCGAUGGCUCACUUCACCCGGGCUCCGCUGCUGCCCCUAAUCCGACCGACAUUCUCAUGCUAUCCAGGGCCAAACAAAACUUUAGCACUAUCCUGCAUGCGGUGUAUAGGCUGGAAGAGUACUGGGCUGGUGCGCAUUACGUGGCUACUUUGCUGGAGAAGAGCGCGUCCUCUCUCCUCUUGGCGGUGGAAUGAUACUGAUCUGGAGCAGGAUCCGGCUUUCCGAGACCAAACUCCAAGAUGGCACGACGCACAUUCAUCUCUCUCCCCGACAAAGGGCUUCUCAAACGCUUCACCACGGAUCCCCAGCAUCCACAAAGCGUUGGGCCACCGACAGAGACUUCGUUGAGAGACUCUAUAGCCCGUACAGAGCGGUCUGCCAGUGCCAACUCUUUCGGACUGACACCAUUAUGGUUGUCGGAUUUCAUGUCUGCAUAUACAGUGGAAACCAUGUCCUCGACACCCGCAGACAAUGUGGACCUGGAACGGCUUUUGGGAACGGAUAAAAUGGGCCAGCUUGGCCAGAAAGACACGCUCCUCUAAUCAACCUGUAUGAGACUUGUAUGAGCGUCUUAUUUCGAUUGUAUUGUCGCCGUCUGU